AUAACCCGGAAAUCGUUCCAUUUGUUAUUUCGCCAUGUAUUUUUCCAUCUGGGUGUUUAAAACUAUUUCAUAUAAGAUCUGUGUUUCGUGUAGGCGUACCCUGGGGUGGCACAUUGAUAACCACGCAAAUCCCUCUCGGACGUUAACUUUUAUAAAUAUUUAGCUUAGCAAUUAUUUUGAGUAAAUUGAAGGGAACACACGGCUUAUCAGAACGUCACGCCAAGAUAUCCCUGCGUAGAUAACAUCGUCAGGAGUUAUGGAACACAAGAUUGAUUUUCAAGAACUCCUGGCCAGACUGGAUAUCUCAGAGCCAACAGAUCCUAUUAUCAAGUGCAUUAUUAAUAAUAAUCUGGAGAGGCUGAAGAAAUUGAUUAGAGGCAAGGACAUCAAUGCAUUGUACCCUUGUGUUGAGUUACAAGAUGAAGUAACCCCUUUAAUGGCUGCUGUUGCAUUUGCAAAUCAGGAGAUUUGUACAUUUCUUCUGGGAAAAGGUGCUGACUCCAACAAACCAUCAAAGAGAUAUUUAGCACCACUGCAUUAUGCUGGACUGCGUAAAGUUCCAGUGAAUAUUGUGACAACAUUACUGGAAGCAAAGGCAGAUCCAAAUGGUCUAGCAGAACAACCAUUCUUUCCAAUUCAAUUAGCACAUGACAGAGAGGAUAUUGUGAAGGAGCUUCUCAAAUCUGGAGCUUUAAUGUGGCUAAAUUGGGGCGUCCAUCCUGCAAUUGAUCAGAAAUUGGAAAGAGUAAUUGGAAACUUUGCUAAAGAGAGUGAGUUCUUUUCCAAAAUCAAGCUUUUUUUCAAUUUUGCACAAGCAAUAAAACAAACAUCCCCAACAGAUGUUUUCAAGCACUAUGAUCUUCACUUACUAGAGCAGAACCCACAAACCCACCUCACAAUGAUUGACAUGUGCUUUAACGUUGAAGGUGCAAAUGAAGACGAAUACUUCCAGAAAGCCAUGAAAUGGUUGAACGACUCCAAGAAACUAGUUUCCUAUGUUGAAGAUGUAAGCAAACGUCUGUCCACAGUUCCUCUGAAAUUUAGGGCAGGUGCAUUGAAAUCCUUAUAUAGAGUUGUUUGCGCAAUGAAGGAAAUACCUAAUGAGGUGUCACUUACCCUAAUUCCUGAGUUAGUGAAACUGCUUUCCUCUAAAACAGAAGAUUAUCUUGUGCCAUUGAUCAUUGUUACGCUCUAUGGCAUCACACAGAAGACAAAAGACAAGGAUCGUUGGAGCAACUCUGACCUUGAGGAAAUAUGCAAGCACAUUGUCCCAUGCACACAGAGGAAGGGUUAUCCCUAUGAAUUGAAGAUGUAUGCCUAUGCCUUGCUAGCAGAUCUUUACACAUUUAGUUGUGUUCCUGGUUACAUCAGCUCUCUGGGACUGACUCUGGUACCUGAAGGACUACUUAACUGGGGAAGGGAUGAAAACCUGAAAGUAAAGCUGAGAGAUCUAAACAUGUCCUUAGACAGACAACGUUCUUUCUCCCUGUCAACAAGUGAAGAUUCAAAAGACAGUCAUUUGUCAGAAACCAAGAAGAAGAAGAGGAAGACGAUUAAGAAGAUGAAGAGAACGGCAGAAAAACAAGACAUACCAAAAGAAGAGACAGACACUCAAGAAAAUGAAACCUGUUUAGCCUUCAAUACUUCAUCUACCCCUGUUGAGGAAUCUGGCCUUGAUGAGUGUUCUAGUGUCAAGCCGUUCCACCCCACCACUGACGCGUCACCAUCACAGCGCAAAUGGCUCAAAGUCAGCAAGCGGUGGGAGACACAGUUAGAGAAGCUAGCCAACGUGGAUGAAUGUAAAGUUUAUAAAGUAGGAAACCUCACUCUUAUAUCUAAUGAUGACUACUUUCGCAUAGCAAUGGGAAGUGAUGGAUCUGAGGUCUUCUUGGGCCUGAGGGAUGAUGGCACUGAAGUAGCUAUAAAGAGAAUUAUCAGGUCAAACUAUCAGUUUCUCAAGAAUGAGGAAGGAUUUUUACGUCUUCCAGAGCUUGACAGUAGCUGUAUUGUGAGAUACAUGGACUUUGCAGAAGACAGUUUCUUUGGUUAUCUUGCUCUUCAGCUCUGUGAAUACACUCUGGAUGAGUACAUUAAUACACACCUGUCCAAGGACGACACUCCUGCCCUGAUGAAAAUCACUGAAGAGGUGCUCUGCAGUUUAAGUGUCCUUCAUGGUCCAACUACCAAAGUCCUUCAUCGGGAUAUCAAACCUCAGAAUGUUUUGAUAGAUGUCAAUGGAAAUGCAAAAUUGGCAGAUUUUGGCAUAAGUCGCAGAUUGACAGUGGAACAAACAACUCUACACACAGUCCCUGCAGGAACAAAAUGCUGGAUGGCCAAGGAGACGUUAGACAAACAAGGCUCUGGAUAUAAGAGGAGCUCUGACAUACAGGUGGCUGGGAUGUUGGUAUACUACGUUCUUUCUGGUGGACACCACCCCUUUGAAGGUCCACUUGGUGAGGAACUUGAACAGAAUCAAAACAUAAUCAAGGGGACUUACACACUAGAACAUGUGGCAGACGAGGUGACAAAAGACCUCAUUGAGUGGAUGAUCAAUGAAGACCCUGCUGGGAGACCUACAGUGGAGGAGACCCUGAAUCAUCCCCUCUUCUGGAAACCACAGAGGAGAGUUGAGUACUUGCGAAGAAUUGGGAAUGAGAAGGAGGUCGGGAAGUAUAGCGACGCUGACCAAAAACUUCUAGAAGCUCUGAAACAAAGUGCUACGGAGAGAACCUUCUGUCAGUGGAGAUCCAAGCUGCCAUCUGAAUUGAUGAAAAAGAUGGAUGGCAGAAAGCCCUACCCUGAGAACAUGUUGGGGUUACUACGCUUCAUACGCAACCUCCAUGAGCACAAUGCUGAGGAUUUAGAAUCUGUUGACCUGAUGAAAAUGUUCCCUGAUCUCUUUGGAUGCGUCUACAUGUUGGCCAAGAAACAGAGCUGGAAUUCAAGGCCUGGUCUGAAAAAUGUGUUUCAGAGAGAUCUAAGCUCAUGAUUCUGAAAUGUAAACUCAUUUGAACUGAUUAAAUAUGAACUAUAGUAAUACUUUUGACUUUUUGUUGGUAGAGGCAAUGACUUUAACUGUCUCAAGGACAUUUUAUAUUCUAUAUUUUCACUGAUAGAUCUAAUAUCCAUAUGAUUUUUACAAAUAAUGAUCUGACAUGGUUAUAGCCUACAUAUUAUGGGAGUUCACACAAAUACAGUACUCACAAAGCUUUGGUGAAAUGUAGUGAUUACUUUUUAACUGUCUUCACUUAAGGUUUAUGGGAUUUGUAUUAAUAUAAAUGAUCUGUAUGAGAUUUCAGGGAUGUCUGGAUCAAAGUAUUGACAUGUUUUUUUUCUAUCUGUGUUUUGCUUGAUAUGAAAAUGAAGUCUGCCCAAGAGUGCAUUGAAACCUGAUUGUAUUUCUUAAAUCUGUGAUCUAGCAUUGGAGCUGUGAUCACCAAAAUGAGAAAUACAAUGGAGGUGCUGUGACGCCCUCUUGUGGAUAGAACUGUGAAGGUUACAAAUGUAGUGAUCAUCAACAUUUAUUUUUAUUUUUAUUUUUAAUAUUAAUGGAACACAACAGUAAAAUGUUAAUGCAACUCUCUCAAUAUAAUAAAGGCUAUCAAAGAGCAAUA